AUGAGUGACACGGCCACGGAGCUCAAUGAGCUCUUUGCGGCCUCCUACCCAGAUGGCCUUCCGAAAGAUGUUCUUGCCGAACUCCAAUCCAUCUUGCGGGUUCAUUUGAUCACCGCGGAGGAGCUCUUCUACAAAUGGGAAUCCUACAGCAUGAAAAUGGGCGAAGAUGUCAAAUUGACCCUUGAUACAGUACGGGGCUUCAAACAAGAUGUCCAGGAAUCACUGGAGCGUGAAAGCCGCGGAAAGACUGGUCGCCAGACAGAGAAGAGGACUGCAGUCACUGCAACCCCGCGUGGAGCAGCGGGGGGUGAUGUAUUCGGAAUGUUGGACGAAUUGACGCCGAAUGCCUCCAAUGGCCGACCUUUACGGAGUGCCCCCGGCUCAGUCAAGCGAAAAUCGGAUUUCUCUUCACCAGCUACGCCCAAGGUCGGACGAAUCGAUAAAAAUGGCUCUCCGAUGGGCUCAAAGACCCCUGGUUCUGUGAUGAAUGGCACUGCUGCUGUUCCCUUUGCCGAGCGACCUAACCCUGGACAAACCCUUGAAACACUCAAUUCCCACUUGUCAUUGCCGGAGACUCCUAUGGCUCCAUUUUCAGAAGCACGCAUUCGACCAACCGCCAAUACAGACCUUAAGAAGUUUGGAUACAAGCCGAUGGGGAUGCGGCUAUCCGAAGCUUCGGAGAUUCUCGACGACCGAAUCGACGAAUUUGCAGCUAUCUUCCAGAAGCAUUAUGACGCGGAGGAGAUCACUUUUGGUAGUGCUGCUACUCAAAGUACAAGUGAAAUUAUUGCUGUAGGACGAAUUGCCUCAGACUCGCUGGAAGGAAAACUGAACCCCGCAUCCUUGGUUCUGGAAACUUCCCGUCGUACCGGAGCUGGACGGCGUAUUCCUCUCAAAGUUGACUCAGUACCAGGACUGAACUUCUUCCCGGGUCAGAUUGUUGCUCUCCGCGGAAUAAAUCCCUCUGGGGAUUAUUUCACAGUCAAAGAAAUUCUCCCAGUCCCCCUCCUUCCACCUGCUGCAUCUUCCGCUGUCACCCUGGACAAUAUAAAUGAGCGUCUCGAAAACGGAGGUGCCAACUCUCCACUCAACGUCAUGGUUGCGGCUGGUCCGUAUACGGCUGACGACAACAUGGAAUACGAACCACUGCAGGAAUUGUGCCAAAAGGCUGCAGAUAGCUAUGCUGACAGCCUCGUGCUGCUCGGGCCGUUCUUGGAUAUUGAGCAUCCCCUGCUUGCUUCUGGAGACUUCGAUCUGCCAGACAUCAAGGGUCUUGAUCCGGACACGGCUACACUGACAACCAUCUUCCGCCAUUUCAUCUCAGCACCCUUGACACGUCUCGCACAAGCUGUACCAAGCAUCACGAUUGUACUUGUACCAUCGGUACGCGAUCUUCUCAGUCGACAUGUCUCUUGGCCACAAGAACAACUGCCCAAGAAAGAGCUUGGCCUGCCAAAGCAGGUCCGCAUGGUUUCUAAUCCGGUGACAUUGUCUUUCAAUGAAUGUGUGGUGGGCAUGUGCUCCCAUGACAUUCUUUCUGAAUUGCGCCGUGAAGAAGUGCUUGGUGGACGGCCCAGCGAGGGUAACCUGCUUUCCCGGCUACCAAAGUACCUAGUAGAGCAGCGUCACUUUUUCCCAUUGUUUCCCCCAACUGCGAGAGCCAACCUUCCUAAGCCCGGAUCUGACACUGGUUUGGCAACUGGAGCGAUGCUCGAUUUACCGUACAUGAAAUUAGGCGAGUGGUGGAACGUCCGGCCGGAUAUGUUAAUCGUGCCCAGCAUGCUCCCACCUUUCGUAAAGGUCGUCGAUAGUGUCCUCGUUAUCAACCCAGGUACUCUGUCAAAGCGUCGUGCUGCAGGCUCCUAUGCGCAAGUGGCAAUCCACCCUCGUGCCGUCAGCGAUGAAGAGCGAGAGACGAAGCAGCUUGACCAUAAACUAUAUGAACGAGCCCGUGUGGACAUCAAUCGGAUCUAA